AUGGACCAAUAUCUUAUUCACUUGACUGCUCCUACGGGAAACACAGAGGAGCACAUCACUAUGACUCCCUCGCAACCUACCCAACUGGCAGGCACCAAGCGCAAAUCCACUGAUGCCUCUGAUCUGCCAACCAUCAACCUUGAUGACUAUGACAUUCCCGAUGGUCAGCCAAUGGACUCCUGCACCGUAGUCCGUGGUAAGAUCAACCGCUUCCUUGAGGCUGGUGAGAUGAAAGUCGGCCAGUUCUGCGAUGCCAUUGGUGUCUCGCAGAAUGCUUAUAGAAGAUUCAUGUCUGAGAAUGGCAAGUUCGGUGGUGCUGGCUGUGAUACUUAUCAAAAUGCUUGGUUGUUCUUCAAGAAGAGGGAGAUGGCUGGUUUGAAAAUUCCUACCAAAAAGCAAAAGACUGCUGCAAAUGCUGCCACAUCUUCUGCUGCAUCCUCAUCUGGAAAAAAGGACGCUGUGACUAUUGAUACAACUAACAUUCAUCUUGAUGGAGAAGAAACCGACUCAGUCAAAGUUUACGAUAGCUGCGACGAGAUACGCAAAAAGAUAGCUGCUCACCUACGCAAACCUGGAGUAACAGCAGCACAGUUCUGCCGCGACCUGCUCGCCCAAUAUCACGGCGACAAAAAACCCCCUCAAAUUCAAUCUGGCCAACUGACAAAGUUCCGCGGUUACAAAGGCGCUGAUACUGGAAACACUUCUUGUGUUUUCUAUGCCGCCUAUGUUUUCUUCGAGAAGAUGAGGUUGGCAGAGGGUAAGCCGAAAAGCAAACACAGAUUGGAAAUGGAGAAGAUCUGGAGUCCGAAAGGAUUCAAUAUUGAGCGAGGCCAUCAUAGAGGAUAUCUCUGUAUGGGCAAUGACAGACCUGUACAAGAUCAGUACGGUCGAGUUACGAUUGUACGAGGCUCUUGA